UCAACGCUCAGUUAGCGGGGCUAAAAGCAGAAACAUCAUAAGUGUGAUCAUUCGUAAAAUAUUCAAAGUUACCAACAAAAUAAAGCGCAAAAUAAAAAGCAACUGUUUACGGUAACACUGAAACAGUUCAAAUAGUGUUUCGCAUGUCAAAACAAGUGUCAGUUACAAAUCCUCACAAUAAGAUCGAAAGUAUUAGGAGGCGCAUUGAUAAAUUACAAAUAAAUAUAUAAAAACUUAAAACAAGUGCACAAAAGGUGUAAACGAAAACGAAAAUAACCAAAAAAAAAUACUUAGUGUUUAUGGCAAAUAAUGCUUAAAUUAUAAAACGAUCAAUAGAAUAAAUUUAUCAAAAAUGAAAUUACUAGUUUUUACAUGUGCAGUAACUGCACUUUUACUAUGCUCCGCACCAGUGCAAGCUGCUGAGAUGAAGGAAGAUGUCAUGGUGGAACAAACCACUGAAUCACCUAUCGCCGAUAUGGCUUUGGUGGACACCAUGAAGGCUGAUACUGUUAUGGCUGCUAGCGAAAAGAACAGCGAAAAGGAAGCUGUUCAAAAGCUUCCAGCUGAAACCCAACCACAAACCAUUGCUGAUUUUAUAAUCCAUCCUCUUAUUGCUUUAAAGCCUCGUUUACCUGAAACUGAAAGUGGCAAACAAGCUAGUACUGCCACUACUACUCCCUCACCUUGGCAAUUGUUUGGUUUCAAUGCCGGUCAAGGUCUUGGAUCCUCUGUAUCCAAUUUGGCAGGUUCCGUAACUGGUUGGUUGGGUAAUCGUAUCCAAUUGCCCGGUUUGUUAGAAACACCUGUUACUGAAACCACCACUACAAGCACCUCCACAACUACUACUCCCAAACCCGAUGUAGUUGUUAGAGUAAAGCAACGCGCAUCAACCAGAAAACCCUUGAUUUCCAUAAACAACGACGAUGAUCGUCCAUUCCGCAGAAAGAGGCCUAACCGCUUCAAUGGCAACAAUGUUGAUUAUUCUGAAGAAGAAGACGAUUCUGAAGAAGAUGAUGAUGAAGACUUCAACAGAAAUCGCAAAAGAUACCACAACGAUGACGAAGAUGAUGAAGAUGAUGACUCCAGUCAUGAAAACGAUCAAGAAGAUGAUGAAGACGAAGAUGACGAAGAAGACAAUGGCAAUAACCAAGAUGACGAAGAUGAGGAGGAAGAAGACGAAAGACCUGUUAAACAACAAAAUAAAAAUCGUAGAAGACGCCCCAAACCCUUAAACCACAACAGCAACAAAAGGAGAAAUUCCAACAAUAACCAAAGAAGACGCAAUAGCAAUGCUCAACGCAAACGUCAACAACAAAAGCAACAGGAAGAAAGUGCCGAAGUUGAGCAAUACGAAGAUGAUGAUGAAGAUGGUAACAACGAUCAGGACUUCUACUACAACAAAAACCAAGGCUCCAAGCGUUCCCAAAGCGAACAAAAUUUCAUCCAACGCGGACAACAAAGUUUGUUAAAUCAAAUCAGACAAUUUACCCGCGGACAAACCCCAGCUGAGGUAAGCAAUACCUUGCGCAAAUCUCCCACCAAAAAACGCCGUCAACAAGCUACCUUAAUAAUUAACCGUAAUGGCCAGACCAUUUAUGUAGCUCCUGAACUUUUGCAAGCCACUGAUGCCUCUAGCAACAAAGUUAGUGCCACUAAAACUAAACGUCCCACUUCACAAUAUCCCCAACCUCCUUUGACUGUACCAUACAGAAGAAAAGGACAACCCACCCAAUACAUUACCAUACCCUGGUCCCAAUUGGGUAUCUCCCCUCCCGAUCAAAUUGUCUCCCUAACUGAAGGCAUUCAAUCACAACCUUUGAUCUUGAACAUACCCCAAAGUGCCAUUGAUAAUAUGCAAAGCGUUAAUCCUAACAAAAAACAAAGCAUUACUGCUGAAGCUGUACCUUUGUUAGCUGAAGCUUCUAUUAUGGACAUUUUCAAGCCCCCUCGUAUACCGCCAGCACGCACUCCCACCACCAAAAAGGUUGCAUUAUCGAAUACUCCCGUUGUUAUUGCCACAAAACCUAAAGGUGGACCUACACGCAUUCGCCCUGCCACCCUCGUAGAAAAAGCCCCUGCUGACGACAGCAUGGAUGAUAAGAAAACUUCCAGUGAAAGUAUGGACAAUGAACCCGAAACAGCUCAGUUUAUUGUGAUCGGUGAUGAAUCCGGUGAAACUGAAUUAAGUCGUAGUGCAUAUAGACAAAUCUUGGACUAUUUCAAUCAUCACCGUGUAGGUCGUCAACUUAACGGUGAAGAAGUAGCUGCUAUGGAAGAAAUGGCUGGCAUGGAAGCUCCCAAAUCUGUCGAAGAUAUGGCUGCUAUGGAAACUCCCAUGGAAGUUCCCAAAGCCAUGGACAAAGAAGUAGCUCCAAUGGAUGCUCCCAAAGUUGUAGAAGAUAUGACUGUUAUGGAAACUCCCAUGGAAGCUCCUAAAGCUAUUGAAGAAGUAGCUUCCAAAAUUGAAGAACAAUUCAUACCUGUCCAAGUCAUUUCUGCCGAAGAAGAGCCAGCUAAAGUAGAAGCUACAGUUGAGGAAAAAUUGGAAACUGUUACCGAAUCUUCCGUUAUGGAUGCCCCCAAAGAAGUUACAGAAAAAGUAGAAGCUGCUGUUGAGGAUAAAAUGGAAACUGUUAAGGAAUCUGUUGAAGAAGCCAAAGUUGAAAUGGCUGAAACUAUGAUGGAAUAAAAUGUUUAUGCCGUCGCCGAA